AUGGGUUAUACGAUCAAACAGAAGAUAGAUAUAUGCCUUCAAGCAGAAGCCCACCCCAAUAUGACACAAGCUGAGCUUGCACGAUGGGCGAAAGAAACCUUUAACAGCCCUACUCAGCCAAGUCAAACUACGAUUUCUAGGAUUUUGAGCAGUAAAAAUGAUUUGGUGGCUUCCAAACAGACAGAGUUCACGUUGGUUAGAAGGCGUAAGAGACUGAAUCCCAUACUUCGACAGAUUUUGACCGAGUGGGUCACUCAAUCUAUUUGGGAGAAACUCCCCAUGACUACACCUAUUAUUCAAUCCACUGCUAAUGCGAUAUGGACACGUUUACCAGUGGAUGUGAAGAAUGGAGACGGUAUUUUUCGACUGAAAUGGUGCUAUCAGUUCACAAAGAGUCUUAAUAUCAAUUUAACGGGAUCUGAGGAAGAUAUCGCUCAAAAUUUUGGGUACAAGUUGAAUAAGAUUUGGCUUUUAGAUGAUAAGAUCGAGUUAAAAACGUAUCUUUCAAACUUGAUUGCUAGGGACGGGUACGGCCCCAAAGACAUAUUUACAAUUGAUGAGUUUCAGCUAUUUUACUCGCUGCCCUUGGAUCAAAUUUUUGACAUCAAUUCCAUUGAUAAAGGAUUGAAACAAUCUUCGAGCUCGACUGAAAACUCGUUAACAAUUAUGCUUGGAACUAAUUUAGAUGGUUCUGAAAAGUUGACUCCAUUGAUCGUGGGGAAACAUGACAAAUUUGAUGUCUCUCAAAGUUCGGUAGCGUCUUUGAAGAACUUUCACCGCAGUUAUUUGGAUACUUCGGCUCAUGCUCAGGUCAAUCUUAUGAAUAAGAUAACUGAAACCUAUAACAUUUUUUACAAAAAUAAUAUCAAUAAGUGGAUCACUUCAACCAUUUUUCACAACUACUUGCUUACUUUGGAACACAAACUAGCAAAUAAUUCUCCUGGUCGGAAGAUUUUGAUAAUUCUUGAUGAUUCAUCUACUCACAGAAUCCUCAACUUGAAGUUCAACAACAUUAAAUUGAUAUACCUUAAGAAUAAUACCAACCACAAGUCUCCAUUCAAUUCGCUAUUCAAUGGAGUGAACUUCGAUUACUGUCCCAUGAACUUUGGAAUUGUUCAUGAGUUCAAGGUCCUUUACAGAUUACAACAAUACUUAGAGAUGAUCAACAUCCAGCAAAGGCUACAUAAGCAAGCCCAAAAAAACAAUAUGAACUUUGGUGUCGACUACAAAAUCGACUCCAACUCUUUAACUACAGACGUGCUUUCCGAAUCAGAUUAUGCCAUUCCGCUUGUGAAAGCAAUUGAGUGGAUUAAACGAGCCUGGGAGUCAAUCACUCCAGAAAGAGUUUUAUCAGCUUGGCACCGAACACAUUUAAUUAACAUCCAGAAAACCUGGCCCCAGGACUCAAAAUUAAUCUUGAUGUUGGGCGGCGGUACUAAGUCUUUGGAUGCGUCUAAGGGCUAUAUGAAACUCGAUGAGAUUAUGAAAAAUCUUAAUGUGGUACUACCUUGGACAACUGAUGAACUAUUGGGCUUGGUUAACGAAAGGUCCAAGGCCACCUUAAACUAUAUUUCCAUUGAUGAAAUUGUGACCAGUUGCCUUCUGGAGUCGAGUCUUACUCAUGAACACGAUACUAAUGAUACUGAAAACAAACCAUCAGCUGAUGAUAAUUGGGUGAUGAGCCAAAUGCUCAAUCCAUCGUUGAACGAAUAUAAUGACUUUCAAAUACUUGAUGAUGCCAACAAUGUCGACACGGUUUCACGUACGAUUAGAACUGAUUCAGGGCCACUAAUACCAACCAUGAACAAUCUUGACUUGGCCCUAAUUAACCCAGUCGAUAUCCCUACUACUGUCACAGAAAAGAGAGACAAGUUCAGAUUGGGACUUGAUAAUAACAUGUCUAUUAAGGCAUUACUAACAGCAGCUGACGAGUUGAGAGAUACCGAACCUUCACUUAGGCAUUUGGAAAGUUUUCCUAAAGAGUCACAAACUCAACUCUUGAAGCAUAAGCUCUCUCACGAAAUACAAGGGUCUACAGAUGGAAAAAAAAGAGCCUGUCAUAUCCCUGCAGUAACUCCAAGCAGUCAAUGGAAUGACUCUUUACCAUCUUCUGCCUCCUCAUCUCCGUAUAGUGGGCCUGUACAGUUCCCAAGGGUAUUCUCAGGUAUAACCUACAAGUCUUCUUCUGUCAGCAAUCUUCAGAACUACGGUAAAAGCUUCAACGAUAAAGAGCUCCUCCAGCUGAUCAUUAGGAUUAUCGAGGCUUCACAGACAGGAUACUUACCGCUUCUGAAAGAUGCAGUUGAAGAUUUGAAGACUAACUUGAAGACGAUUCAAAGUCGACAAGAACACAAGAGCCAACACCAGACAUAAAAAAUAAGUAGCUACUCACAUCCUUCACUCCGAAUGUCAUAGCAAAUAUAAACAAGUAUAUUUCAUCAUAUGUACAGUAAAAAUCAUUAAUAGACCUAAGCUUCUUCGGUGAUACCCAACUCUUUGGCUCUUUCCUCCAAUCUUCUUCUUUUCUCUUCCCUCUCCCUUCUAAUUCUAGCUAUUUCUGCCUGGAUUUCGUGUCUUUCUUUGGGGAUUUGGUUCAAAGUGGCAGGAUCAGGCCAGAAUCCUGGUAAGUUAAACUUCUCAUCUGAGUUUAUACCUGAGUAUAUCAUCACCAAAAUAGGGGUAAAAAGGUAGAACCCAAACUAAAAAGUUAGUAUAUUAUGAUUCUAAAACGUCUCUGCACCGGCUUUAGUACAUACCUUCCCUGUUUCCAACUGGGUUCUGGUUAUUUUGCUGAUAAAUCUGUUAAACAUGUUUUAUC